UCUUACGAUCUCUUCUCUUCCGCCUCCAAUCCCCAGUCCAACUCGUACCUCACCGGCCGCAUGCGCUCAAAUACUUCCCCUGCCGCACCUUCCUACUCCAUGCCCACCGACAGCCUCUACAACCACCACAAUCACAACUACUCCGACUCAGUUCCCUCGUUCCAGCACAGUCCCCAGAACUCCUCCCCUUACGACAUCAUGACCAACAUGUCUUCUUCUUACAGCAGCGGUAAAGUCACUCCGCUCACUCCUAACGAUCCCCUCGGUGGUAUGCCCCACUCCUUCGCGUCGGGAGGUGGCAUGAAGCAGGACUACUCCACCCAGCACUAUCCCGACCUCCUGUCUGAUCGUCGCGUAGGCUCUAACAGCUACCCUCAUGACGUUCGCGACGAUAUGUCCAUCGGCGUUAACACUAAUCUGGGCUACAGCUCCGGCCCCAUGUUCCCGGAUCGCAUUUCGCGCUACCAGCCCGACUCACUAUUCUCCCAAUCACCUUCGUCUCAUAUGUCACACUCGCACGGCUCCGACCUCUUGCGUGGCGUUGCCCCUCAAGCGACUCAUUACGACGAUAUGCCGGGCUUCCUCGCGCCAAAUCCCCACUCUGAUAUGGGCCUUAGAGUACCGGGCGUUCAUGAUGGCUUGAUGCCGUUGCGUAUGCAGGGUCAGGACGGUAUGGGCACGGCCACCAACUUACAGAGCUUUGUACGCCCGUACCUGGAUCAGUUCGUUCGGACUCCUAACCGGCUGGCGUUUGGUGAGCGCACGGUGAUCGUGAUGUCAAGCAAGGUCGCCCAGAAGUCUUAUGGUACUGAAAAACGCUUCCUGUGCCCUCCGCCCACUGCUAUCAUGAUUGGCAACUCUUGGUGGUCGGACGUCAUGCGCCGUGGCGAAGACCCGAAGCUCUCUCCUCCCCGCGUUAUUGUUUCUAUCUCGGGAGAGCCUGCCCCUCAAGAAGGUUCCGUCGAGUGGUGUAGCGCCCUCGGCAAGCCCUUCGACUCUUCCGAUCCUCCGACGGGCACCACCUACGUCGGUCGGUGUGUCGGCAAACAGCUCUUCAUCUCGGACGUCGACGAGAAAAAGAAAAAGGUCGAGGCGUUGGUCAAGAUCAUGGCUCCCGCCGCGGACGACGAGCCAGAACGAGUUAUUGGCACAUUCCCGAGUCGCCCGAUCAAGGUCAUCAGCAAGCCGAGCAAGAAGCGACAGAGCGCCAAAAAUUUGGAGCUGUGCAUCAAUCAUGGGUCGACCAUCUCUCUUUUCCAUCGCCUGCGGUCACAGACCGUCUCGACCAAGUACCUCUGCGUUUCCGGUUCGGGCUCGUCGUUCAAAGGAUCAGACGGUGCGCCGCUGAUGGGGAUUGAUCAGCGAAGCCGAACAAGCACGCCUUCGUUCAUCGCGAGGACCUCGAGCUGGGAUCCGUUCGUGAUGUACAUCGUCGACGUUGACAAGCCCGCAAAUGGGUCUGACGCACCUCCGCCCCCACCCCCACAACCGGACUACCCUUCUCCCCCGCCCAACGCUAUUUCGUUCAUGAACAACGGUUCCCCGAUCCCGAUCUACUAUAACCAGACCGUCGUGCUCCAGUGCCUGACCUCGGGUGUCGUUUCCCCUGUGCUUAUCAUCCGAAAAGUCGACCAUCAGACCAUUGUGGUCGGUGGCGGUGCGCAGGAGGGUGCCAAGGGUGUAGGCGAGCAGUACUGCGUGCCAGGUGAGGUCUGCGGAGACCCCGUCAGUCAGCUGCACAAGGUCGCCUUCGAAGUCUUCGAGCCCAACAAGGGUGCACCGCAACCAGGCUCGCCCGGCGCUUCCGGUGCGUUCUUGUCCUGCAUGGGCGAGAAGGUGAACACCUUCCGUCCGAUCGAGGGUAGGCAGUGGCAAGGUAAACGCGAGUCGGACCAGGACGCGCAGUCCCCCGUCUUGCCUAGUUCGCCGCUCGUUUCAUCGCCCCCAGUCUCUGGUAACGGAAGCCCAGUGUCGACGGACUACUUUGGCGGCACGUCCUCUGUCGGGUCAGCGCCGGGAUCGAUGUCGAGCGCGUCGGGUCUGGGCGGAUUGGGUGAUUUCCCGUCGAACGAUGGAGGUAAGGUCAAGAAGGGGAAGAGAGGGUCGGCGAGCGCCGGAGGUGGACCGGGGAGCAAGAGUUCGGCGAAGGUGAGGAGGAGACCUGCGUCGGCGGGUUCGGCGGGAAGUCGACAUGCCGGCAGCGACGGUGGUUCCUCGGGUGCGCUGUGGAACGUCGAUAUUGGCGAGUCGAGCGUCUGGACGAUUGUUGGGACCGACCAGGUGCGGUACAACUUCUAUGUGCCUCCCGUCCUGUACGACAACCAGAGCGCGCCUCAGACCGGUUCGUUCCCCAUCCCCUCUAAACCCGUCACGCCCUUCCCGGGCGUCGUAAAGUACCUUCCUCCCGACCGCGCCGCAGAGGCCCCCAAAGGUCACGGCACACGGCACAUGCUCGCGAAACCGAAUACUCAGACGUCGAAGAUGCUGACGCUGUACGGCGAGAACUUCUCGAAGAGCGAGCCGGUGUCGGUCUUCUUCGGCAGCGAGCCCUCGCCGUAUGUCGAGAUUCGGUGCACGGAGGUCUUGGGCUGUCUUCCGCCUGAAUCGGUCCCGACGAAGAGGAGGCCGAUUAUAUUGGUGAGGGGUGACGGCGUCGUGUUCCCUUCCUCCACGCUGUAUCCUUAGCUGUUGUGUUGUCGUUCUUCCUUUUUUCUCCCUCUUUUUUGUUUUUGUUUUUGUGCAUUAUAUGUUUCCGUCAUCGACCCAUCAAUCAUAUCCUGUGCUCGUUCGCUCUUCGUGUUGUGUUACCUGCUACGCCUUUACUCGGUCAGUCUCAUCUAUCCCUCUAUCGCCCCUGCCCUGUCUUUGUAUGUACACAUAUAUGAACAUAUUUUUACCCAUGUCCCUGAUUUUCUUUUCUUUUUUGCGUUUUGCUUGUUGUUUGGGCUGAUUGGUUGCUUCGGACAUUUACACAGUACCCACUAUCCCUUCGCUGUCGCCUUUGUUCUUUGAUCUUUGUGGAUACCUAUUCC